AUGACUACCCAAAGGGCUUUCGCUAAAAGGAAUGAGGAAGGCAAUGUGAAUCAAGGAGCUCCUCCUCAAGCUCUAGUUUAUCUUUUGGCUGAGAAUGUAACAAAUGUGGUGUUUAUGGUGGCUUUUGAAGUUUGUGCUCAAGCCGUGAUGGCUCAAGACAAUAGAGAGGAAGAAAGGCCGAUAGGAGCAAGUCCCGUUGAGUGGGAUGUUUUUAAAUCGGUGUUUCUUGAUAGGUUCUUUACCCUUGAAUUGAGGGAAGCUAAGAUGGAAGAGUUCAUUAACCUUCAUCAAGAAAGUAUAAGUGUGAAGGAAUCUGCCCUAAAGUUCACUCAACUAUCCAAAUACACUCCAACUAUAGUGGUGGAUUCGAGGGCUAAGAUGAAUAAGUUUGUGAUGGGGGUGUCCGACAUGGAAAAGAAUAGAGAGGUAAAAAGAGUUAAGACCGGUGAUGGGAACUUCUCCAAUGCUAGGUCCAAUGGACAAGGUCCACCAAGGUUUAGACAAAGGUUUUCCAACCAAGGUUCCUCUAACUCUCCUCCAAGGGUUAACAAUGAUAUGGUGUCCAACCCUAAAUCUCAAGGAGGUUAUGGUAGUGGUUCUGAUGUGGCUAGGUCUACUUGUGUGAAGUGUGGUAAGAAGCAUCAUGGUAAGUGCCUAGCCGGCACAAAUGGUUGCUUUGGUUGUGGAAAGAGUGAGAAAAAAAUGAGGGAUUGUCCGGUGCUUAUGGCUAAGGGAAGAGAGGGCAAGCAAGCUCCUCCUAAUGGGUCAAGAGCCAAUGCUUCUAUGCAAAACUGCUUCUAUGCUCUCCAAAACCAAAAUGAACAAAGAGAUUCUCCGUACGUGGUGACCAUUAUGUUAAAAUUUUUCCAUAUAGAUGUGUAUGAUUUUUUAGACCCCGGUGCCACUUUGUCUUUUGUGAUGCCAUAUGUAGCAAUGAGAUUUGAUAUGCUCCCUGAUUUGUUGUUAGAACCUUUUUCUGUCUCUACUUCUGUUGGUGAUUCUGAGAAGAUGCCACGUUUCCCUAUCCUAUAG